CAUUUGUGAGCACCUAAAGCCAAGUCCUAUUUGAAGGAACUCAACACAGUGAAUGAUCGCAGAGUUGUGCCAAUAUGAGAGGACACAGCUGAGGACAUUUAUUGUACAUGGUACACACUUCUACUGGGCUCUUCAUUGUAAUGCAGUAUGCACUAGCUGUCUUCAGUGACUACAGCUCUGCUACAGGUUGACUUUGUGCUGCAGUCAGAGGCUACAUGGCUUCAGGCGGAGCAGAGGAAGACGAUGGAGGCAUUCCAUUGGACAUUGACAACGUGCACAAGCUCCUCCAAGUGGAGCAUGAGCAGAUUCAGAAAAGGACGUUCACCAACUGGAUAAAUGCUCAACUCUCUAAGAGAUGCCCUCCCUCGUUUGUGUCUGACCUCUUCUCUGACCUCAGAGAUGGGUCACAUCUGCUUGACCUGCUGGAGGUGAUGAGUGGCCGACCGAUGAAAAGACAAAGGGGUCGAGGGGUUUUCCAGCAGAGAGCCGACAUUGAGACAGCACUGCACUUUCUCAAAAAAUCUAUCAAACUGGUGAACAUAAACAUACCAGACAUCAUAGAUGGACGGCCCUCCAUCAUCCUCGGACUCGUAUGGACCAUCAUCCUCCACUGUCAUAUUGAGGAGCUGGCCAGCACUCUCUCCUACAGCUCUUGUCAUUCCUCCAUGGACUCUCUGACCAGCUUGGACUCCUGGUCCGGCAGUUCGGUCCCAGCUAGUCCAGUCCCUGCAGGCCGGGCGUCGCCUCUCCACAAACGCUUCCGAAUAUCCGCCAAGAAGGCCCUGCUCAUGUGGGUCAGGGACCAAUGCAAAAAGGUUGGUUGCUCCUUCAGCGUGAAGAACUUUAAGUCGAGCUGGAGAAGUGGAGAGGCCUUCUUGGCCAUCCUGUGUUCUCUCAGACCACAGCUGGCUGAUCUCUCACUGGUCCAGUCCAGAAGCAACCAGGAGAACCUGGAGGAGGCGUUUCACCUGGCCGAGAGGGAGCUCCACAUCCCCCGCCUGCUGGAGCCCGAGGAUAUUGAUGUUAGAGACCCCGAUGAGAAGUCCAUUAUGACUUACGUGGCCCAGUUUCUGCAGUACUCCAAUGACAUGCCGGCACCUGAUGACCAUCUGCAGGUCUCUCCAAGUGAGCGAGCGCUAGAGGUGACCUGCUGGCUGCAGCAAGCCUACCAGGAUCUGUCAGAGACACGGACGGCUGCAGAGAAAUCCAGCUUUGCAGAAAAAUAUCAUGUGUUUCAGAACCUCGCUGGCUCCUUCGCUGAGCAGAGGAGACCAGUGAUGACCAUCCUGGCUGCCAUAAGACGCCGCCCUGAGCUGAGCCAAGAGCAGUGUGCUCUCAGGAUAGCGUGGGAUCGUCUGGAGCAGGAGCUGCAGAGAUGUAAAGCAGACCUGGACUCGAGCCUUCCUCCUCCUCUGGACUCAGUCGUCGUGUGGCUGCAGCGAGCGGAGGCAGCGCUAACAGAAGAUGCAGGAAGAGUGAAAGAUCAUGCAGAUGCUGCUAAAGAAGCGAGAGCUCAACAAGACACGCUAAAGACUUUAAUUAAGGAGAUGAGCCACCACGUCAAUAUCCUUGAUACCUUCAGCAACAUGGAUGACUUGGAGAACGUAGUAGUGCCCCUUGAAAAGUUUGAUGAGAUAAAAAGACGCCUUACUCAUAUCCGAGUCACAGCCAAGUAUCAAGGGAUCAAGUUGGAAUACCAGGAAGCCCGUCACACUGCACUGGAUCUCCUGGGCCGCAUCAGUGCGAAGGUUCAGACCUGGAAAGCUCCCUACAGAUCCCAGGAGACAGUUCUUCUGCUUCUGCAGGACUGGCAUGAAACAGUGGAGCGCCAAGGCCUGCUUUUAAUCCUGAUGGACGCUCUCCAAAACCUGAAGGAGAAGGCGAAUGCUUACACCAGCAAGGCAGAGCUAGGUGAAGAUUCCCAGCUUGUUACUCGUCAGGUGAAGGAAGCAGAAAAUGAAGCUGAACUGGUCACACAGGCUGUGGCAGCUGUGAGAGGGACGAUGGACAGAGCGGUGUCUGCGUGGGAGACUUACAACAAGUGCCUCACAUCUCUGCAGACAUGGCUGACACAGAAGAUACAUUCACACGCCCAGUCUGCUGCUGAGGCCACGCAGGACAUGAGUGAGUGGACGUCCUGUCAGGCCAAGUUAAACGAGGCGGGCAACUCGCUCAUUGAAGUGACAGAAUCUUCAACCAGCCUCGCUCUGGCCGAGCAGCUCAGCAAGGUCAACAAGCAGUGGGCUGACUGCAUGAAGAGGACAAUGUUUGAAGUGUCAUCGGAGCCCAGUGCCGGUCCCUUGUGUCUUCAAAUGGUGCAUUCACUGACCCGGGAGGCCAACUGUCUACUGAGGCAGCCGCUGGAGGUGGCCUCAGUCCCACUGAAGGCCAACAGGCAGAAACUACAGCUGCUGAGUAAAAAGAUGGCAGAGGUGGAUCUUUCAUCUCUCAGUCCGUCCUCGGACUUUCAAUCAAGCCACACAGCGAACCUCCAGCAAAAUCUCCCACAGAUGCUUGCUGAAGCAGAAAGGGCGUGUGGAGAGCUGCAGCGGGCUGCGUCCAGGCUGGAGGGCCGUCUGGCUGAGCUGGACCACUGGAGCACCGAGGCUCUGGACUGUUACCAGCACCUAAAGGAGGAAAAGCACAGACGACGCUCUGCAUCAGAACCUACAGCCAAAGUGCUGAUCUCUCGAGGCUUGCAGCUGGAGAACCAGGUUGUAACUGAGGGAAAGGAUCUGCAGGACGUUGUGGCACGAGUACAGAAAACUUCUCCUCUGCAGCACCUCAGUACCUCUGGCGUUCAGGACAGGAUCUCAGAGGCAGUCUCCCACUGCCAGGAGAUUCUUGGGCUGUUUAGCUCCGUUGGGUUUCUGCGACAUGUCGAAACAGCCCAUCAGACACAGAGGCAGCCAGAGGCAGGGUUGUUUGUUGUAGCCAGAACCAAACAUGUAGACCAGAUUGGGAAUGUUAUGCUGCAAAGCCAGGACCAACAUCAGGCUUCACCUGAGAUUCCAUGUCCUAUGCCUCAUCAAAGAACAAAAGGUCUCGAGGGUCGGCCUAAAAACCAGAACACACAGGAUAAACCGACCAUUGUUAUACCACAUGUUAAGAUCCAAAUGCUGCCUCAGCCGCUGAGGGAACCAGUUCCUCAUAUUCACUCUGUAAAAGAGGCUGAAUCUGAGCCCAUGAUCCAGCCUCAGUCAUUUUCCAACUCCCACGCUCGAGCUUCAAGUCAAAAUGAUCGACCUCUACCUGCUUUGACCCAAACUCCUGUUGGAUCAAAAAGUCCUGCUCUGUUUAAAAAUGUGUUAAGUCCAGUCCCAGAGGAAAAGGAGAGCUCACCCCUCUCACAAACUCAAAUAUCAAAAUCCAGAAUGAAAUGGCAACCAAACACUGUACAGAGUGUUAAAACACCUCCACAGCCACCGGUUAUGGACCGCAGCGAAGUUCAUUCAAAAGCCCAGUCAAUGGCGAGGAGCAGACUGGAGAAGGCCAGGUUUCAUCUGCAAGGACGCAUCCAGCAAGCCAUCAAGUUAUUUGGGGGCAAAGAGAUUUCACAGUCACAAGCCAAGAGGAAACAGAAAGCUUUAAAGAGUCUGCAGCCUGCCAUCCUCGAGGAGUUCCUGAGUGCUGUGGAGGGUUUGGGGGCCUUUUGCACUGGGCCCCAACUCCAGGACUUGAUGCUCCUCUCUGACUCGGUCAGAAAGCAGUGGGAGGAUGUACGUAGAGAAAUGGCCGCCUUUGUUCCCAUCUUGUGGUCUGUUGUGCAAUGUGAAACUCAAACUAACGCUCAACUGCAUGAAGCCACUGACCAGACUGACCAUGACUCUUUGCUGCAGCAGCAGGUCGUCACGGACGGAGCUGCGUCUGUUGAGGUUGAAUCACUCCAAGAGCUGUGUGACACACUGACACCCAAAUCCUCCUGCCAAGCAACAGACCAACCGAGGGAGUCAGAUGAAGCACAGGAAACACAACCCAGUGACACAGUGCUCCCGUCUGACUGCAGGGGACGGCAGCUCCGGGGAAACACCCCGCUGAGAGCGACUGGCGUGUCGGCCGACUCACAGCAGAGCAACAAUCUCCAGAAACAAAGCGUGGACAGCUCACAACAAGACCCCUCACCUGUGUGUGGUGCUGCCUCAGUGCAGCCUCGUGGCGCUGAUAUCAUCCAGCUGCCAGCUCGGGACGUCCCAACAGAGAGUGAGGAUGACCUGAUGCAACGUAGAGGCUGCAGGUCAGGGAAAAAUCUAAAGUCCUCACUUCGAGCCAAAGAGCAGCCGCUGAAAGCUCGUCUACUGCACAUCACAGAGAGCAACCAGCAGACCCAAGCUCAUCUACAGGCGGUUGUCAGGGGCGACACCGUGGAGACCAAGCAGGAGGUUGAGUGGACCCUCCUCCCAGAGACAGCUGCCAUCCAACAGGAAGAGCACUCCUCCAAACAGGAAGUACUUGAAAGGAUGACAUCUCUAGAGAAUACUGCUGACCUGAUGGCACUGAUCACAGAACAACUGGACCGGAUCGUCAGAGAGUCUGUGGACAUCUCCUCCUUCACCUUGGCUGAUCCCAGACUACUAUCUGAUUUAAAGGAGAUGGAUGACCGACUGCGGUCUGAAAUGAGAAAGCUAUCGGAACGAGGAGCUGAAGAGGAAAGACGAGCCACAUCCCCUUCAUCCCUCUGCCAGGCUCUCCACAGCGGUGUCCAUCAUCUUGAGCAGCUCAGACAGCGGCUGGAGAAGGUUCAGUCAGCGGCCCGGGCUCUGCAUCGCUUCCUGGCCACAGUGAGGGAAGUGGAGGCCGAGAUCCGGAACCUGCUGGCGAACCAGGACCCCAGCAGACAGCAACACGAGGCAGACUGGGAGCAGGAGAGACACUCUUGGCAGGCAGCAAUGCAGCAGAGGAUGCAGACUGCCGCGGAGCAAGCUGAUAGCGUUGACAGCACUUUAAAGGCAGCGGGGAUGACUCUGACCGUGGAUGGUGCAACAGUGACGUGCCAGGAUGUGGUGACAUCAUUGUCCCAGCGAGCUGUGGACGUGGAGAAAGAGCUGAUGAGAAGCAGGAAGAGGGAGAGAAAAGAUGAGUUAUUUCCAGUGGGAAGAGAGCAAAUCCAGGAGUUGAAUCCUAUGCAGAUACGUCAGACAGACACUGGGGAUGGUUCACCACAGGAGCUGGAGCAUCCCACUCCAAGUAGGAGGGAAGAGGAGGCAGGGUUGGAGGCCAAAAGGAGUAGGCUAGAAGGAGAUGAGAAUGAUGCGAAGACACGGAAGUCUGAAGGGGAUGUCUUGAAAGCCGAGGACCAGAGAAGAAGAAGAAGCCAGGUUAAGAAAGAGGGAGAGGAGAAGAAGAGUUUGAUCCAGAGGAGAGUUGCCUUGUUGGGCGCUCUGAGGGAGAUAAGGGGAGCAGCGGAGCAGCUGAGAUUACAGGAGCCCUCCCUGCCUGCUCUGCAGCACAGGACACGUGCCUUGACAGAGCUGGAAAGUCGUCUUGCUGGCCACCUCGCUGAGCUGCAGCACCUACAAGAUGAAUCCUCACAAUCAGGCAUCCCUGAUGGGAGUCAAACCAGAGAGGUGGAGGAUGUCUGGGAGGAGGCGACAAAAGCCGUAACUGAACGGCUGGAGAAGUGCUUCGCCCUAACAGAGCUGCUAAAGAGGUUUCAGAGCAUUCGUGGUGAGCUGAGUGGGACACUGCAGAGGGCAGAGAGCACCAUCAGUGAACAAGCCUCCUACAUGGGGAGAGACAACCUGCAGAGACUGCACACUAAGGUCCAGGAAACAAAAGCGGAGCUGAUUGGCCUCGGCGACGGCAUAGAGGAGGUCCGCAGUGUCUGCAGGCAGCUUCACACUCAUCUGCGUAAGAUCCCAGAAUGCACCAUCAUCCCAUUUGAGGAUGAAGCGGAUGCUCUCAUGGACCGCUGGCUGGAUAUUUCAGAGAGAACAGAUUCCCACCUUGAAGGCCUACACCGUGGUCUGACUCUGUGGGAUGGGGUCCUCCAGCUGGGAGCAGACGUGGAGAACUGGACCGCCAAUAAAGUAGCAGUAUUUGCUCAGUCUCCGUCCUUUCAGACAGAGGACGAAUUCAUGGCCUUGCAGAAUGAGAUUGUGGCCCAAGAGGAGAAUAUGAAGCGUUUUCACCGAAGAGCCACUGAGAUUCAGGUGCUGCUUCAUAGCACAGAGCCUCCUCUGGAGCUGCAGGUUGUGGAGACCCAGAUGAGGAAGAAGAUGGAGCAGCUGAAGGAGCUUGUUUUUGAAGUGGAGGACGUUUAUAGGCAGAUGGUGGCUGCAAAGGGACAAAUUACCACCAGGAUGGCUGAAUGCUUCAACUCCCUCCAGAAGAUUCAGGACUCCCUCCUCACUCUCACUGGUUCAGACGUUGCAACAGUUCUUGCAAAACUCAAGGAUCUACUUUUUGAGCUCCAGACGCAGGAUGAGCAGGCAGAGAGCGUGCUGGAGGAUCUGCGUGUCAUGGCCUCCAUAGCAAGUCCAGUCAGCCUUCAGAGUCUGUCUGUGGACGCUGCUCAGCUGCAGGAUAAAGUCAGAAACACCCAGCAGCUCUUCUCUGAGGUGGAAGAACAGACUGAGAGGAAUAUCCAGGCUCUGGACAGGCUGCAAAGGGAGGGUGAGCAUUUGGAACAAUGGUUGCAAGGCGUUGAGGAAAAAGCAGCAAAGGAAGAGGAUCUUAGUCUCCUGCAAGAAGAAGCACUUCAGCAAAGGGUGAGGACAGAAGUCAUCAGUCAGCUCGUGUCGUCCUUACAAAGCAGCGCACUUCAGCAGUCUGCUGUGGUGGAGGAGAGCAGCAAACUGCUGAAACGAUACCAUAACUUUGAAACCAACAUACUGCACGGCUCCACGGAGGAGCAGAGCUCUCUGAGCAGGGACGUCGAGGUGUUUCAGACUCUUUUAAAGUCCACUCGGUGCUGGGUCGGAGAUCUGAGACAAACUGUUGACCUCGUCGUCCAGAGUCCCGUAGAGCAGAGACUUCACUGUGCUCGAGCUGUGGUAAGUGCGACGGCAGAGGGGGAGGCUCGCCUCGAAGAGCUCAGAGUUACUGGAAAUCGUCUGAGCCUCAGACUGAGUGAUGAGGACGACCUGAAACGGGACGUUCAGGAAAGCAUUCAGAGAACAGAGGAGCAGUGGAGGAACCUUCUCCAGUCAGUUCAGCCUCAUAGCAGUGCUCUACAAGCUGACCCAGACCUCUCCUCCUCCUACCUGGCCCGCAGACAGCAGGCCUGCCGCAGAGUGGAGGAGCUGCAACACAGAGCUGCUCAGCUCCCAGCUUUAUUCCCCUGGCCCGGCUCCUCUGAGCGCAGACAAGUCUGCCUUCUAGCCCGUCAGCUGCAGGAGGAGGCUGAAUCCCUGCCAUUAACUCUUACCGGCCUGGCUGAAGAGAGGAGGGAGCUGGCUGAAGGAACCAUCGACGCCAUCUGGAAAGAUCCCUCCUCGGCUGAGCUGGAGACCUGCUGGUCAUCUCUAAUGGAUGAGCUGAAGGGUGUGUGUUCCCGCCUGGAGGAAGGUGUGUGUAAUGAGGAACAUUUUGGCCGGUCACUGCAGGACUGUCGCCAUAAAUUGACAUCCCUGCAGGAAAAGAUGUCAGCCUGUCAAGCCCAGAAAGAAACCUCUGGACGGAUCAGUGAUGUAGCAGCUCUGGAGGCUUUGCUACAAGAAGUAACCGACAUAGAAAAAGACCUUUCACAAAUUGUAACACUCAAGGACUCCAUCGCAGCCAGCUCCACAGCCGAGGCCCAGAGCAGCCUCUCCCAGCAAGUCAGCGACCUCCAACACCACAAGAGGGCACUAGACGGUAGCAUCAGAGAAGAUCUGGCUCUGCUCACAGAAAACAACAACCAGAGAGUUCAGCGAGUGAAGGAAGAGGUCUCCUGUGUGCAAACAGCUCUGAAAGACCUGGCUGAAAAUCUGUGUGGGAACCGUGAAGUGUUGCAUGAAACCAGCCAGCUCAAACAACAGUGGUCUACAAUACAGGACUGUGAUACCAGGCUGGCAGAGUUGGCUGCUAAAGUUCAAGACCUGCAGAAGACUAGAGAGUCGAGCAUCACACAUGAGAUGCUUCCCGCAGACGUCACUUUGACUGUUGAUGCAGUUGCUAAAGACCUUGACAGCUUGACGUCCAUUUGUCUACAAAAGAAGCAGGAUUGUGCAGAAAGCACUGCUAACAGGGUGAGAGAGGUCAUCAACCAGCUGCAGAAGUGGAGCCAAACAGCACAAGCUGAACCAUCAUCACCCAGCCAGGCGGCUCUGGAUGAGGGUUUGAGGCUUCAACAAGGUCUUUGUGAGGUGCUUGCAGAACGAGAUUUUCUUCUAAACUGUCUGGGUUCAAAAGUGACAAAGAAACUGGAGAAAAGGGCCUCAAAUGCUCUCAGUAAAAGCACACCUGCACUCAAAUGCCUGGUUUCACAGAUCAGUCAAGGUCGUUGUGAAGAUGAGUUGGAGAAAGAUUUGCCAGGCAGAGUUGUAGUUGAAGAAACUUUUAGAAGUGGAAACUUAGCUUCACCUGGUGAAACUACGACCAUGCCUGCUUCUUCUCCUGCAUUAAACAACGAGGAUGAUGACAAACCUAAAACCGAAGGCACUUUGGAGACAACCAAAGAGAAAGUCCCUAAUCAAUUCUCAUGCACAGAAAUCCCAGAUGUUUUCAAAUCGCAGCAGUUAACAUCAACUCCACCAAUGAAGGCUUAUUUUGCACCAAAAGAUGAUAGUGGCACAUUGAACAAGGAAAGCAAUCCUUUAAGCAGUGGGCACAAGACACUUUCUGGAAAUAACACCUUAAUGUCAGACUCGCUUCCUACUCAUAACAAGACUUUAAUAGCUCGGCAGGAGAACACCGAAUCAUUACAGGAAGACACUAACUCAACCCAGGACUCAAGAUUGUCAGCUAUAGGCACAGACAAUACCAAAGAAAUCAAUUCAGCACACCGUGUCGCACCCCUUGUUGCAACAAAGCCUGACAACUUCCCCCUUUAUACCCCUGAAUAUGUAUCUGAACAUCAAGCGGCACAAUCAGAGACAUUUACGGCAGAUACAGCUGCUCUAGAACAAGAGAAACACUCUGAGGACAUCAAUGUGACCCCAAAGAAAGUGUUUACAAUAGUGUUGGACAUAGAGCCACAUGACAUUUUUGGUCCAGGCUUGAAGAGCCUUCAUCCAGCAGCACAAUCAGAGACAUUUAAAACAGUUCCUGAUGCUCAAGAAGAAAAGAAACACUGUGUGAGCUCAGAUAAAGUGUUUACAAUAGUGUCGGACAUGGAGACGCCUGAGUUUCAGCCACGGGACAAUGUUGGCGCCAGAUGUUCACAGGGGGCAGAGCUUAGUGAUGCACUGCUCACACAAGUUUCAAGUGUUCCUGAGAAGAAAUCUGGACUCUUUACAACAUUAUUGAGUCCUGAAUCAGAUGAAACAGACUUGAAGAUCCAUUAUUCAAAGAGCGGUGCAUUAAAUGAGUCUCAAGUGGUGGACUCGCUGCCAGAAAAACCCUCGACGUUAGUAAAUACAGAAUUGGAGGAGUUGACAAGUGCCAAGUUAUCGUGCAAAGAAGAGUCAGAAAGCCGUGACUUAAUGCACAAUGAGGUGUUGAAUUCCUCCAAAUCACGUGGCACUGUUGCUGAGUGUCAGCUCACCGGUGCACAUGCGUCAGAAACGACAUUUCCGCAUGUGAAACAAGAGGAGACGACAGAUUUCCAUCACGCCGAAGAGCGAACAAUGAGCUCAGUCUUGUGCACUGCGAAGGGGGAUGCCUUAACUGCAACGCAAAUACCUGCUGGUUACAAUAAACAGCUGACUGUUGUUGACACUGCACAGGAUGCAGGUACAGGACAGGUGGAGAUGGCAGAGGGAGGAAACACAGGAGAGGCAAGUGACCCUGAACGCCCCGAGUCCAAACUUUUAAAAGUGCCAAAAAGACGAGACAAAGCCAAGCUGUCAUUUAAAGAGAGUUGGAGGGUACCUGCAUCGCUGGAGGACACAGAUGUGACACCGAGACAGCAUCACAUCCAAGAAAGUAUGGAGCCCGAGAGGACGACAGCUGAUCUGCAGGCCGGGGAGGCGACAGGUGAAUCACCAGAGUCUUACAAACACAAGUCUACCAUGCAGGAUGUUUUGUCUGAGAUCCAGAACUUGGUGGAAAGAAGCAACAUAAUAAAUCGGACACCACAUAUUGAUUUGAAUUGGUAUCUGAAGUCUUCUCCUGGUGAACCCGAGAUUCGACUGGUACGAACUGUCCAAAAAGUUCUGGCAUGUCGUUAUCAACCAGCACAACUCGAUGUCACCGCAAUGGUCAAACAACUGCAGGACGCAGAGGAGUUCAGGUGCUGUGUGCAGGAUCAGGUGGCUAUCAUGAAAAGCGUGAGCGGUGCGGUUUGUGACCCGGAUGCCUUGAAAAGAGUUGAGGGACAGGGGAGUGCUGCGCUGCUGGAUGCCUCCGCCACAGUGCAGGUGAAAGCAGCACAGCUGGAUCAGGUCAAACAGUAUCACAAACAGAUGAAGCUCACCAGAGCUUUCCUGGAGGUCGUUGCAGAUGAGAAGGACAAGAUGAGCUUAAGUACUUUGGGAAGCAGUGCCCUUCAAGCUGACAAACUUGGCGCCCUGCUGCAAACCAUGGUUCUGAAAAAGCACAUGAUGGAAGAGCUCCUCCAGUUAAGUAGCCAACUGUCGGUACACUUGAGCGACGCUGAGAGUUCAGGCGCUCUUCUUGCCCAGCUUGGAGAUGUCCAGGAGGAGUGGAGGCUUUUAGAAGGAAGCAUCAAAAGAGCUCUGCAGCUCGCGUCUAGCGCCACCUCUCAAUCCUCUCUUCUAAUAAAAGAGGCCCGACUGCUUAAAGCCAAGCUCGACGCUCUUCGGAAAUCCAACUUUCAAAGCCACGACGACAAAAGCGCCUUAGAGUUUGUUUGUCUGACCACAGACCUAAAGCUGUACAACCAGCUUUAUCUGCACUUACAGUCCCAGACAGAUGGUCUGGUCCAUUUCUCUCUGGGUCAGAAAGAGAAGAAUGAGAUCAAACGUAGUCUUCAGGAACUGGGGUCCUUGCUAAAUGUCGCCAAGAGCAAGCUUGACACAUACGGCUGCGGCGGCAUUUCUUCAGCUAAGAUCAACAAGCAAAUACAAGACCUGAUCGUGUGGGCUAAGCAGGCAGAAAACCACAUCUCUAUUGGGAAAAAGUUGUCUCUUUUCCCCGAGGAGGCUCGCAUUCAGAUCGCUGAGAUGAAGAAAUUUCAGACUGAUAUUUGGUUCAGAAGAUCCAAGAUGCAAGUAGAAGUUGAGCAAAUGAAAGAUGGAGCCUCUGAUCUGGAAAAGGAGGAAAGUGGCCAAGUGUUGAAGACAAUAGAAGACCUGUAUGACGCAAUCGCUGACAGCUUGGAGCAUGUUCUUGACACCAUGAAGAAAAAUCUGCAGGAGAGGGAGAAAGUGUUAAGCCAGUUUGCUAACAUGGACACCUGGCUUGCAGAAACACAUGCUAAAAGAGACCCCUGCGCUCACGUUGACAACGUUUCAAAAGCUGACGUCAGAAAGCUGGAGAGCGAGCUGAAGAGUCACAAAUUAGCCACAGUGGAGAUAGAGAGCCAACUGAAGCAGGUGGAAGCGAUGGCAGACAGUAGCAGGGAAAUAGCUGUAGGGUCGAGUCCAGGAGAGAGCCGCUACCUUGUCAACAGACUGUCAGGCCUGUGGACAGAACUAGACGGAUUGCUAGCUCAGGAGAGAGCAGCCAGCUGGGAAUUAGAAGAGCUGAUUCACGAGCGAACCACUUCAGAUGAGGAGUUAUCGACCAUCCAGGCGAGCUUAAAGCAAAUUUCCACUGACCUGGAGCAGCAAAGGUUCCCUUUGACACAGGAAACCCUUUCAACAGCUGCACUUUUGAAGCACAUGCUGAUGGAGCAUCAGUGUCAAGUACAAGAGCUUCAGCACUGCCAGGAGGCCAGGAGAAGCUCCCUGCUGUGCACCAUCGGGGAACUGCAAGACCAGUGCAAAGCUCUUAGUGUUAACGCCAUUGAGCAAGACAAAUAUCUGCACCUGAGGACACAAAUGGAGGAAUCCAGAGAUAUUGCCAAAGAGCAAAUCCAGCGUGCCAAAGAUGACACCAUCAGCGUGGGUGAGCAAUUCAGACUGUGCCAAACACUCUUGGUUGAACUUCCUUUGGUGAAGACGCAGUGUCAAGAAGCAGCGGACCAAUUGGAGGCAGUAGCUCAGGAGUUGGACCCAUCUGAGCUCAAAUCAGAGAAUCACAGGAUUCACCGCACUGUGGAAACUUUAGUCUCCUGGGAGAAUUCUGUCACAGGCGAUAUCAAAAACCUGGAGGCCAAGCUUCUGCCAGGCCUGUGUUUUUCCUCCGAGCUUCCUGCCUUAAUGGAGCUUUUCCAAAGAACAACAGUGGAGCUGGAGGGAGCCGAACCAGUAGAUCCAGAUGAAAAAGCCAUAGAUAUUGCACUAAGAAGGAACUGGGUUAUUUGGAGGAAUAUGGAGUCUGAGAUGAGGGUGUUGGAAGGUCUGGGACGGAAAGAGAAAAUUGACCUGAAGAGCUACAAGGAACUGUACUCUCUCAGGGAUGCAACCAUGCAAGAGUGCCAUUUACGAAUGGAGAGUUUAUGCCAGGCGAGAGAAGCCUUGAAAGAUUACCAGUGGGCUGCUCAGGGAGCGAUAGGCUUCCUUCACAACGCUGAAGCCACCUUCUUAUCAGCUCCUGGAGGGUUUCUGGACUGUACUGAGGAACAAAGACAGACUCAGCAGGCGCUAGAAGCUUUAGAAGAUGGAUUUCAGGCUCACAUCAGCCACCUUGUUGAUCUGGUGCCCCAACAGCCCUGUCUGUCCCGCCCAAAGACUAAGCAGCUGCACAUCAGCAUCCUCAGUCAGCUGAUGGUGGGAAGAGCCAUACUGGAGGCUCAAGCUCAGCUCAGGCUGGAGUCCCUGCAGAGGUGUGUAAUGAGACAACAAAGCCACAGGAAGUGCCAUGAAGAUAUACGUCAGCGUCUUUCAGGGCUGGAAGCAAAGCUUUCAGAAUGCGCUGCAGAACAAGUGACGUCCUAUGGCAAAUGUGUUGCCCAACAAAAAGGAGCGAAGCUCCUGAUGGAAGGUCUCCGCAGCCUCGCAGGUAAGAUAGAAGAACUGCGAGCGGGAUGUCCGAUGCAGGGCUGCGGGGUUGGAAAGGAUGGCGAGCUGGGCGCCCUCUGGAGGCGCUGGGUGUCACUACGCCGCGGUGUCGGCCUCCUGAUGGCACACUCAGAACAGAGAGGAGAGGAAUGGAAGGACAUCACUACAAGUAUGGAGCAGUGUUGCAGCUCUUUGGCCAGUCUUCAGGCGGAGGUUCCCGACUCUUCCGCCGUGAGCUUCACUCAAGAGGAACCCGUUGAGCUUCUGGCUCAGGCUGAGAUGCACCAGGCCGGGCUGGAGCAGGAGCAGCAGGCCUUAGCCUCCCUGGAGCACCGACUGGAGCACGCCCUGAGCUUAUCGAGCUCCCAGGAGCCCAUCAGCCCCGGACCUGUCGGCAAAACACUAGUGAAGAUCCAAGAGAACGUCAGGAGCUUGAAAGAGAGAAACCUGCUGGUGGUAGCUGCAGCGCAGGCCGAGGAGAAAGAGAGGGAACAAGUCCAAGAGGAGAUAGGAGAGUUGGAGCAACACAUGUUCGCCCUUCUUCCCUCGCUGGAUGCGUGUUCAAAUCCACGCAAACAACAGGAGCUCAAAAAGGAUCUGUCCUCCCAGAAAGCCAAACUCAAGUGUAUCAUGGACAGCGUGGAGAGCCGGUAUGCUGAGACACCCGUUGAUAUCAACAGACGGCUACAAGAAGUUCAGUUGUCUCUACAAAGAGAAGAGGACAAGCUCAUGGAGAAGAGCAACCCGGUUCAGAAGCUGGCUCGUCGAGUGGUGGAGUUGGGUUCUGGCCUGGAGAAAGUGAAAGCGUUACUGGAGCAGCGGAGUCCAACAGUCAAUGAAGCUCAAAAUGUACUCAAGCGCGUGUGGGAUGAGCUGGAUGCGUGGCACAGCCGCCUGACGCUUUUGGAGAGCGAGGUGCAGGAUCUUGCGGAGGAGCAUCCAGAUCAAGCCCACCCGCUCAUGGACCAACUCACCCAGCCACUGCAGCUCUACCAGGACGCAUCGCAGAUGGCGGAGCAACGCACCGCCUUCCUCAGCAAGAUCCCCGCCUGUCUUCAGGAGUUUGAGGACAUUCAGUACGGCGCCUCCUGCUGGUUGGACGAGGCCCAGUCAUGGCUCAGCGCUCCCUGCUGCUUCACAACAGCCAGAGGCCUCCAGAAUCAUGCAAACUCCCUGCAGCUGGUCCUGGACGACUCCGAGAGGAUCAGACACGCCCUGCAGGACUUCAGGCCAGCCCUGGAUGAGAUCUCUGCCGUGUGUGACAUCACCACCCACGAGGAGAGGGUGAACCAGAAUGACCAACAAGUCAAAAAAAUGCAAUGCAAGAUCCUCGAGCCGCUGGAGCAGCUCCUGCAGGCUGUUGUGGUGGUGGAGACGAUGGAAGCGGAGCUGAAGACCAUGGAGAAGAAUGUCCCAAAGAUCCAAGCGAUUUUAUCAUCCGUAGACAACUCAAACAUAUCUCUGACGGAGCAUCUACACAACCGACAGGUGAUCCAGGCCAACGUGCAGUCGAUGCGGAGGACGUUGGAGGAGAUGGAGAGAUUUAAAGGAGAGCUUCACCUCCCACAGGGAGCCGAGGAGAGCCUGCUGGUCUUCUCCAGAGCCAGACUGCUCCUGGAGCCGCUAGAGGAGCUGGAACAACUCACCCAGGAACAAGCCAUGCUGCUGGAGAACAAGAUUAGGGAGGAAGAAGGAACCUGUACGGAUCUGGGCAUCGCCGCAGUCUCUGAUACUCCUGAAGAAGUACAGCAGCUAGACAGAUCUCUACAAAGACGCUCAGUCCAGCAGGAGGCUUUUGCGGUGUCUAAUUCAGAGGAAGAGGAGGAUGAGGAGAACGAGAGUCGUCACUCGUCGUCCUCUGACACACUAACAUGCAGUAUUCCAGAGGACCCAGAGGAGACACUCAACGCUUCAGAUGUGCAAAGUGAGGAUAUUGCAGAAAUUCAGCCGCAAUCAGAAGUUAAGGGACCGGAGAGUUUGGCUGCUCAGUUUUCCUCUGAAGUGGAGACGAGCUCAAAAGGUGCUGAAACAGAGCUUUUACCUGUGAAGCCUGGGCUUCAUACAAAAGAGUCUGGAUCAGGAAAUGUUGAAACUGGAUUGAUAACAAUGGAUUCCAAAGUUGGCAAAGUGUUUAGUCCUAAAACUGUAACAGCCGAGCCGCUCAUCACUGCUGACGAGUUUACUACCAGCCCUGCCACACUGGACCAACAUGGACCAAUAUCACCAAAACAUGUAUCGCUUGUCGUCGACCCUCAUGCAAAGUCCCCUCACGCAGCAGCUGCAAUAGAAGACACAAGACUGAUUCCUGUAAGACCCAUAACACCAUUCACUGCCACAAGAGCAUCUCAUGAGUUUAUAGAGGAAGGAGACGAAGGUCUGUCUUUGUCCACAGCUCCCCGUCAAGAUCUGGAUGCUGUUAAUGUGUUGAAGAAGCAAAGGGAAGUCGGCACCAGUCAUAGUGGUUUGGUGGAAGAAUCCCAACAAGCCCAGGAGUCGUCUGACGAUCUGCCGAUCAGCUUGGCUGGACGUGCGGAAGAUGACAAGGAGCAGCGAAGGUGGAGUCGGCUUUAUACCCAGAUCUCUCAAAAACUGACCACUCUGAAAAAAGUUGAGGAGGAGCAUCAGAUCGGCUCAGAGGAAGGAGGGACCCAUGAAAUGGACCCAGAAAGUGAGCUGAUAUCAACGGGGUCUGCUUCUGCUGUUCUCCAGCGGACACAUGAGUCCAUCACCAUGCUGAGACAAAUAGUGAGCUCUCCAGGUGUAAAUGAGAGGUUGUACGAGGCUGCACGGAAGGUCCUCCUCUGUCUGGACGCUUUGACUGACCUCCUGUUAACUCCCGGUGAAGACGACCCCCAGCUGAGGCUGCUGCAGCAGGAGUGUGUAUCAACUGAGCUGGUGACUCUGGCUGAGCUGUUGAGUAAAGUGGAGUCAGAGACCAAACCUGCACUUUCGAGGGAAAAACCAGAAGCUCUCGGCUGUUUGACGUCCCUUCAGGAUUGUCUACACUCCGUCCAGCAGGUCUUCACCUCGUCCCACAACCAGCUCAUUGAACAUCUGGGACACACAAACCAACAUCAGGAGCUCUCCUCCAACCAGCUGUAUAUUUUGGAUGAGUUUGAACUGGGACAAAGUGAGAUGUUCCCCAGCAUAAAGGAUGCUCCCAGUUUGGAGCAGUGUGUGCUGGGCCGACAUCUGAGGGAGAGUUCAGGGGUAAAAGAAAAGCUACAGCAGGCAUCCCGGUCCUUGCUUCAGGGGAUAUCUCGCCUCCUGGAACUGGGUGAAGAAUGCAUAACAGAAGGGCAGAUGAGCCGGGUUCACAACCGCAGCCAACUUCAAACUGUUCUCUGCAGACGCGAGAAGCUCCUGCGGGUCCUCAGGUCUCAGCUGGCUUUCGUGCAGCAUCUAUUCCAGCGUGAGCCAGAAGCACUAAAGUGUCAAGAGGAUGAGCGGGUACAGCUGGAAGUCAGAGCCAAAGCUUUGCAGCAACAGGCUCUGGAACAGGAAGUGGCUUCUCAAAGGAGGAUCCAGGAGCGGACCCGGUGGGAGGAUAAUUGCGGUCGACUUGGCGGGCUGCUGGAUGAUGUUGAAGCCUUCAUCAGCAGCGGGGAACCAGAGGGAGACGACGAGAAUCUAACGCAGCACCGACGAGAUGCCUGCCAGCAAACGCUGGUCCAGCUGGAUGAGAGCAGAGCUGCUUUAGGCCUGAUCCUGGAUCAGGGGAAGGAGCUGCAGACGGAGCCAGAGUUUGCUGCCACAGCCGGUCAUGCAGGAGGCGCUCUGGAGCUGCGAUGGCAGAGCGCCUACAGGCGGACAGAGCAGGAGAGUCGACGCUGCAGAAACAUCCAGGACAGCCGGGCCAGAUUCCAGACCGUCUUUGCUUCGGUCAGUGAGUGGCUGGUUGGUGCCAACAAACACCAGAAGACUUGGUCAAACCUGGCCGACACCUCGGACAUGAACCAGGAGAGUAUUCACAACAACCUGAUCAAGCUGCUGGACUUCUCCAUGGAGAUUGAAGCCAUGUCAGUUCAGAGGGCGUCUGUAUCAAGGGAAGCCACUCAGCUGCUCCACCUCAGGGAAGCUGAUUGUCCCGAGCUGAGAGCUCAGCUCGCCCAGCUGGAGGUCAACUGGAGUCAGCUGACCUCUGACCUGUCAAAGAUACAAGAGCGCCUGCAGCAGCGGCUGCUGGCAGCGUGGCCGCCGGAGAAGCUGCUGUCUGAUCUGGAGGACUGGCUGAAGAAGCUGGAGGCUCGGCUGAACCGGGAGAAAGAAACGGUCCUCAAGGCCAAAGAUGCUGCUCAGAUCACUGAAAUCCUGCAGCACUACCAGGAGUUGAAGGCAGGCUUGGUCAAUGGGCAGCUCCUUCUUGACUUCCUGUGCCAGUCUGGGCCUCAGGUGAUGGGAGAGGACGUCCGGGCUCUCCACUCCGAACGCACGAUGUUUGCAGAGAAACUGGGCGCCGUCAGACUGCAGUGGCUGAACCAUCAGAGAGAGCUGGAGAGCCAGACUCGUGAAGCUGAACAGAUGCAUCACACUUGUGCGGACAGAGAGAGGCGGUUACAGCGUCUUCACAGCCGGAUAGAACAGCAGGAAAAGCAGCUGAAUCAGUGGAAAUGGUCCACCAGUCACACUGUGGCUCGUAAGGCUCUGCUGGAGUGGGAGGCUGCUGUGGGCAGAGUGAAGGAGGUGGCUGCAGCUUUGCAGGAGUUGAAAGCCACACAAGUGCACGUUGAAAAGGAAGAGGAUCACCCUUGUGAUAUCUCCUUCUGUGGCCAGACGGAGAGUGUUUGUCAUGCUGGUGUGGAUUUUAGUCAACAGAUGGAAACUCUGAGACCGGCUCUGCAGCAGAAUGUGGAGGAGUGGAGUUGUUUUGAGAGAGAUCUGAUGGAGGUUUCUCUGCACGCCACCAGGGUGCGCUGUGCUCUGCAGCAUCAGCCUCUGUUCUCACUGAAGCAGGCAGAAGGACAAUUGGACCUCCUCCAGCAACUCCAGGAGAAGGCCGGAAAAGGAGAAGAGCUUUGGGCGUCUGUGGACAAAUCCUAUCAGAGUCUUGUGAAGACUCUUCAUCAUGGAACAGCUCAGGCGCUGGAUGAUCAAAUGAGAGGAGAGCGAAAACGGUGGAGGGACGUGGUGCAGGAGCUAAAGGAUGAGCACAUGAAGGCUGGAGAGACGGUUUCCCUCUGGCAGGAGUACACUCACCUGUCUGAUCAAUGCUCCCUUCAACUGCCAACACUGUGGCGUCAGUGGGAGGAGCUGUCGAGAUCUUCGGACACACAGGCAACGGUUCGCUCAGUGGAGAAGUUGCAGGAUGCUGCCGAGGAUUUGCAAAGCAGUGUGGGAGAUGUGCUUGCAGCUUCCAAGCCUCUCAUUGGACGGCUAGAACCAGUGGCCGCAAAUUUAAUCCAAUCAGAGACCAGACUGCUGUCGCGUGACGUCCUGCUGCUGAGCCAGGCAAUGUCAGGAAAAAAGCAAAGUCUUCAGGAGGAUUUGGAGCAACAAAAACUAUUUCAUACUCGACUGGAGGCCGUUGAAAAGCACACACAGAACACACAACAUAAACUUAAGACCGGCUUGAAUGACACAGACUCUGUGAAGCAGGUUCUCCUGGACCUCAGUGAUCUGUUUCCAUUACUGGUUGACGUCAGGGAGAUGAGUGGUUAUGUGACUCUUAACAACCAGGAGACGGAGAAGCUGCACAUGCUCAGCAGGCAAUGGGUUGAAAGCGUGACUCGCACAUCUGACAUGAACAGAGCGCUGCAGGCUGAGCGUCAGCGUUCCCAGAACUUCCAGGAGAAGUGUAAAAACCUGACGUCCAUCCAGAAGAAGCUUGAGGAGGAAUCAUCGUCUAAUAAACCUCAAAGUUUCUCCAGCCUCCAAGAGAUGCUGACUGUCCAUCAGAGGCUUCAGGCUGAAAUAAUUACUGGACACCAGCUUCUGCACGGCCUUCUCUGUCAUGCAGUCGAGUCCAUGGAAACAGAAACAGGAGAGAAAAGAUCUGAACUCAUGGCACAAGUGACGUGUAUGAGGGAGAGCUGGUUCAACUCUGUGGCUCUGGCUGGCCAGCGCAGGUCGUUGAUAAAAGAACAACUGGGCCAGUGGAGAGUCUACCGUCGUGGCUCAAAACUUCUGUGGAAGCUGUUGAGAGACGUUGACCCCUUGUUGCCCCCUGCUGGACCUGCUCUGUGUUCACUGCAUCGGCUACGAAGCUGCACGGAUGAUUACCAGUGUGUUAAGGACGCUCUGGGUCUGCACUCCACCGUGUACACCCAGACGCUGGAGGCUGGCAGACAUUUAUGUGAAACCAUGACGGAGUCUGAGAGUCAGAGCCGACUGCAGUCAGAACUCCAGGCCGUACAGGAGGCCUGGGAACGAACCACCUCACUGCUGGAGAGGAGAAGAGAUCUGGUCAGCACAACUAGUCAGAAGUGGUCUCCGUGUCAGGACGGGAUAACCAGCAUCACACGUGAGCUGGAUGAGCUGAACACUGUGAUGAAACAGCCGCUGCCUGAGAGACAGCAGGACUCUGAGAGCGAGAAACACAUCCAGGAGACAGACCUCGCUCUGCAGCGUUUGACCAGCGGAUUUAGUGAACUGGCCACCAUGAAGACGGACCUGUCCCAGUACGUCGCCGCCGGUGACUCGGCUCUGCUGGAGCAGCAGCUGGAGCAACUCCACGGUCAAUGGGAAGAGCUGUGUACGAAGGUAUCCUUGCGCAGACAAGAAAUCGCGGACCGUCUCAAUGCCUGGACCAUCUUCAACGACAAGAACAAGGAGUUCUGUGAUUGGCUGACUCAGAUGGAGAACAAGGUGUGCCACAGCGGAGAUCUGAGCAUCGAGGAAAUGGUGGAGAAACUGAAGAAGGACUGCAUGGAGGAAAUCAAUUUGUUCAGUGAGAAUAAAAGCCACCUGAAGCAGCUGGGUGAGCAGCUGCUGUUAGCCAGCGACGAAGCCAAGCAGACGCAGGUCAACGGCUCGCUGCAGGAGGUUAACCAGCGGUGGCACAACCUCUUCCACCACAUCGAAGCCAGGGUGAAGAAGCUGAAGGAGACUCUGGUGGCGGCGCAGCAGCUGGAUAAGAACAUGAGCAACCUCCGCUCGUGGCUUACUCGCGUCGAGGCCGAGCUGUCCAGACCCAUCACCUACAGCGUCUGUCACCACCAGGAGAUCCAGAGGAGGCUGGCCGAGCAGCAGGAGCUGCAGAGGGACAUCGAGCAGCAUACGGAGGGCGUAGCGUCGGUGCUCAGUCUGUGCGACGUUUUGCUGCGGGACGAAGAUGCUGCUGGCGGCACCGAGGCGGAGAGCGACUCCCUGCAGGAGACCAGCCACAGCCUGGACCAGCGCUGGAGGGCCAUCUGCACCCUGGCUCUGGACAGGAGGCUCAGGAUCGAGGAGACGUGGAGACUCUGGUGCAAGUUCCUCGAAGACUACUCGCGGUUUGAGGAUUGGCUCAAGAUCGCCGAGCGCACCGCUGCCAACCCCAACUCUGCAGACGUCCUUUAUACUGUCGCCAAGGAGGAGCUCAAGAAGUUCGAGGGUUUCCAAAGGCAGGUUCAUGAGCGGCUGACCCAGCUGGAACUGGUCAACAACCAGUACCGCCGCCUGGCCAGAGAGAACCGCACUGACCGAGCGAGCCAGCUCAAAGCCAUGGUCCACGAAGGCAACCGGCGCUGGGACGCCCUGCACCGCAGAGUGGCUGCCAUCCUCCGCAGACUCAAGUAUUUCACCAGCCAGAGGGAGGACUUUGAAGGCACCAGGGAGAGCAUGGUGGUGUGGCUGACCGAGCUAGACCUGCAGCUCACCAACGUGGAACACUUCUCAGAGAGCGACGUCCAUCACAAGAUCCAGCAGCUCAAUAGUUUCCAGAAGGAGAUCACCCUGAACACAGAGCGCAUUGACGGGCUGAUAGUGUUUGGAGAGGGUCUGAUCCAGAAGAGCUCACCGCAGGAUGCGGCCCUGAUAGAGCACGAGCUGGAGGAUCUGCACUCGUACUGCCAGGAGGUUUUCAGCAGACUAGUCCGUUUCCACCAGCGCCUCAGCCAGCCCCCGCUGAUCAAAGAAGAGCCAGAGCUCUCUGGUACCACCUUUUCCCUGGAGUCGAGCUUGGAGCUGAUUGGCCGACCGUGGCUGGGACGGAGCCUGGGAAGCCUCCCGGCGACGCCCACCCACCUGCUGGCCUCUGCACUGGAGCGCUCGGGGCGGGAGACCCCGGUGAGCGUGGAAUCCCUGCCGCUGGAGUGGGACCACACCGGAGACGUAGGGGGGUCAUCGUCACAUGAGGAUGAUGACGAGGAGGAGGAAGAAGAUGAGGAUGACAGAACUUACUUCAGUGCACUAUCAGAGGGCGAGUUGACUGAGAGCCAGGAGGAGUUUGUCGAAGCCCCGGAGGCCCUACGAGCCUCCUCACCGGUUUCAAGCCGCUCUAUGGCCGAGUCUCCAAGAUGGAGAUCACAAGGAGACGCAGGAACACAGCUGGACUCGGAGGGCCACACUGAGGCUCCACCCGCCCUCACCAGCACCCCUCUAAAGCAGGGCUAUCUGCGUCUCAUGUCUCAGUGCAGCGGCAGCAUCGAGAACCUUAAAAGAGUCUCGCUGAUCCUGGAUGAUGAGGAGCAGCCGGAGGAGCUCGGUCUGACGGGACUCACUGCCUCAGACAAACAGUCAGGUGUGAUUGAACGCUGGGAGCUGCACCAGGCUCAGUCCAGGAGCGACCUGCGCGCCGGCCCUCCGGAGCCCCGAGAUCUCACAUCUGACCUCGACGACAUCACUUCCUGGUUGGAAAACGUGACCCCGGAGCUAGAGCGCUUCCGGCAGUCCGAUCCAGCGGCCAGUAUUGAUGACAUGGCAGCCAGAGCCAAAAAACUAAAGGAGAUGCAAAAGGUGUUUACUCGCUACAAGUCCAUCAUGCUCUCCGUCAACCUGCGAGCUCAGGGGGAUGCAGAACUACAGGAGAGAGUGGCCGGUAUGAACCGAGACUGGAGCCGAGCGUGUGCGGGCGUCCAGCAGUGGGACACCGAUCUGAAGAAGACGCUGAUGCGCUGUCAGGAGUUCCAUGAAACCCUCCAUUCCCUGCUGCUGUGGCUGGCCCACGCAGAGAGCAGACGCUACGCAGUGGACAUCAGUGACCCAGACACACCUGUCCAAGCCCUGCAACAACACCGCGGCACGCUCACAGAUCUGCAGGAGGAGCUGCAGGGCAGGCAGACUCAGCAGGCCUCCCUCCAGGCUCUGUGGUCUCAGCUGCAGCCUGAGGACGAGGCUGAGGAGAGCGUCGAGGCCCAGGAGAAGCUUCAUGUGACGGGCAGCAAACUGGAGUCGCUGCUGAGGCAUGUGGACCAGGACCUCGGCACCCUGCAGCAGCGUCUGGAUUGUGAGUCUGCAUCAGGCGCCCAAGGCCAAAGCGCCUCUGCAGAUCCAAAGAAAGGUUCCUCUACUCAAAGAGAGAAGAGGGACUCGUCCCCGCCUCGUUCCUUCUUCUACCGGGUCCUUCGUGCUGCCUUCCCCCUCCACCUCCUGCUCCUGUUCCUCCUGCUCCUCCCCUGUCUGAUUCCCCAAUCAGAGGGCGACCCCGGCUGUACUGGGGCCAACAACUUUGCUCGGUCCUUUUACCCCAUGUUACGCUACACCAAUGGCCCACCGCCCACCUGAGAUAAAAAAAAGACUGAGAACAUACUGAGAAACACAAAGCCACCUUUUUGUCCCACUGAAACACGUGAACGAACAUGUUAAACAGUGAUUGACUUCUAAAAAAAAGAAAAGUCCAAAGUGCAGAAAUUGUACUUCUAUUUGUUAAUAUUUGAUCUUAGAACAGAUUAUAUUUAUUUCACAAACAAAACUACCCAUUUAAAUCAGGAAAAACACCACAUGUGAACGGAAAUGCUGAUGUUUUAGUUUGAUAAUGCAAAGAUCUGCAGCCUCUUGGAGAUCUCUCCUUAAGGAGUGCCAUUACAUCGAGUGUCUUGACACUUGUGGAGGGGUAAAGCAGCAUACAUACUGUAGCAGUGGCAGUAAACAGGUAAGAUAGUUUAAAUAUCCCUCAGCCACUAUUGAAGCCAGCGAACAUAUUCCAGUGAUUUCAUUGGAUAAUAACAGGUGAAAGCCAAAUAAGAUGAAAAAUCACUAUUUUUCUUGCUUCCAAACACAGUAUAAUAAUAACUGUAAACAAGUCCCAGCUUAGCUUUUAUCAGAUUUUUUAAAUUAAAAUGUGUACAUUAUCCUCAUCAUUUACAUGUCAUUUUAUGAACUGUUGACAUUUAAUUUUGUGUAACUUGACCCUGCAAACAAAGCAUGCUUGAUCUAUGUUUGUUACUGAACUCUUAAAAAGAAGUUUAUUUUUCCAAGAAAAAACACUGGUUAAAAUUUGUGAUGUAAUCUUUAUAAAGCGAACCGUACAAAAUUAUGGCAGUUUUAUACGAAAUAUUGUAUGUUCAUAUUUUUUUAGAUGCAAUUUUUUUUGGAGUAGAUUGUGAGCAGGCUGUUAAAACACUGUAGAUUUAGCAGGAUGAUGUGUAUGUACAAAAUGUAAUAAUAUAAUGCUUAUUUAUAACAUCAAACGGUGGAUUUGUGCCCUUAAUUUUCUGGUAGUAAACACUGAUUGUCUUAA